AUGCAGAAUGAGUUUCCUCCCCUUGCGGCCGCCGCGAACGCGACCACGGCUAAAUUGUCACGAUGGGAGCGCUUCUCUAGUCGGUUUCACAUGAGGCCUCCAGAGGAUGACGAGCCUCAGUCGUGGUGGAUCGCCUCAACUGCUAUCCCCCUUGUAGCUGCGGCUGCCGGGCCGCUGGCCAAUGUCAUGUCUAUUGUGGCCCUUGUCAUGCCGUGGAGGAAUACGAUUAUUUCUAGAGAGAAAGGACCUGCUGGAACUUGGGUUCAAGAGGGCUAUAGUGACCCGCACUGGGUGACAGCGAUGAACGCCAUAUCACUUUUUUUGGGUGUCGUUGGUAAUAUGUUCUUGCUGCUCAAUUUCACUCAGACUGUUCGCUAUAUUAUCGCCUUACCCGUAACGAUUGUUUCUUGGUUCCUGGCUACAGGAAUUCUCUGUGGGAUUACUGCAUCCUUGCACAUAUACAGUCCACCUACUCCACCAAAUGAAUUGUACUCGCAGGCGUAUUGGAGCGCUGUCAUCGCGGCAAUCCUUUACUUCAUUCUGGGCUCUCUCUUGAUGAUCAACAUGUUAGGCUACUUCCUGGGAAAGUAUCCCCAGCACUUCUCUCUCACGGAUGACCAGCGGACCCUUAUUUUACAAAUGACUGGAUUCGUGGUCUGGCUGCUCAUCGGUGCAGCCAUCUUUCAACGAGUGUUGGAGGUCUCAUUUGCCGAUGCGCUAUAUUUCUGCGAUAUUACCGUUUUGACCUUGGGCUUUGGCGAUAUCACCCCACAUACAGCUGUCGGAAUGGGUCUGAUUUGGCCGUAUGCGGUAAUCGGAAUCGUCAUGCUGGGUUUAGUGGUGGGCAGUAUCCAUCAGUUCGCCCGCGAAGUUCACUAUGACAACGUCGUGCGAAAGCACAUUGAGCAUAAGCGGCAGACCACAUUCGAUCGAUCUGUCACAUUUGAACAGUUUCGCACUGCUAAUAAGCCGUCGGAAAAGGAUAUCGUUAUCCCGAAGUCUGCGGGCCAUCGAUCCAGGACUCAUCGUAACCGACACCAUCGGCAUAAUCAGCACCAGCACCACAGACAUGGACCGAUUCUUAAUACCAUUAAUGCUCUGGCGUCCAGUCGUCGCCCCAGAUUACUUGUGAUGAGGGAGGAGAAAGAUAGAUUUGACGCGAUGCGUGCGAUUCAAUACGAGACCAUGCGUUUCCGUCGCUGGAACGACUUGAUUAUCAGUAUCAUCGUGUACGGGAUCGUGUGGACGGGUGGUGCCGUCGUCUUCUGGAGACUGGAAGACAUGUCAUACUUCGACUCAUUAUAUUUCUGCUUUUGCUCACUGAUUACUAUCGGCUACGGAGAUUUCACACCCCAGUCAAAUGCAGGACGACCUUUCUUCGUCAUGUGGUCUCUCAUCGCCAUUCCGACUAUGACCAUGCUCAUCUCCCAGAUGAGCGAUACUGUGGUUGCAGGGUACAAGCAUUCGACCGAGAAGUUCAGCGAUUAUUUCGUUAUGCCUCGCCAAGGGGCGUACAAAGGCAUUCUCGGCCGCAUCCCACUUCUCCGACAGUGGAUACAAAUACACCAGGAGAAACAGCGAUUGAGACGCGGGUUUGAAGUCGGCGCGGAAGCUGACGAGGCUGCCGAAACGGAGGAUAGAGCAUCCACAGCCUCAAGAUCUCAAGAAAGAGCUCCAGUCGUACCGCUUCGUCCUCGACCAGGGGAUGAUCACCCAUUACGGACCAUUGAAGAGCUCGCCCGCGAUGAAAACCCGUCUCCAUUCGAACUCGCCGAGCAACUUGCCUUUGCUAUUCGUCGCACUACACAUGACGCAAGAGAAGGCAAACGGAAGAGAUACACUUACGAAGAGUGGGUCGAAUUCACUCGGCUCAUCCAGUUCACUGACCCGCAUUCACGUCCGAGUUCCUCCUCUGCGGAUCGUAACAAGCCUUUCCACAGCAGUACUAGUGUUGACGAGGAUGAAUAUGGUGUCUUGAAUUGGGACUGGAUUGGUGAGAAUAGUCCCAUGCUGGCCCACCAGUCAGAGCCAGAAUGGAUUCUGGACAGACUCUGCGAGAGCUUGGUCCGCUAUGUGUCGACGCAGGAACAGGCCAGGGUUAUCGCACGUGGUCAAAUUGAUGAUGUGAUAGAAGAGCCUACGUUAAGGAAGGAGAGGGACUUGGGGAUCGAAGAAAGUUGAUGAUUUGAAUGACUUGAUGAAUUUUUUUUUCUUGCUUGAUCUUACACUCUGGCUAGGUUGAUAGACACGUUGCCUUGCAAAUACCCUUCUUCUAAAUGAACACCGUGUAUUUUAUCCCAUGUUCGAUGCCUGAUCAGGCAAACUCCAUUGCUUUUAGCUGGA